CCACAUAGCGUUGAUUAUUAUUUAAAUAUAUACGUGUUAAUUACAUUAUUAUCAAUUGUCAUUGGCUUCUUGCGUUUUGUUUGGCUUUAUUACGGAUUUUUAAAAGCAUCAGAAAAACUUUAUCGAAAAUUACUUCAUCAAGUUAUCCGUGCCCCAUUAAGAUUUUUUGACACAACCCCAGUUGGAAGGAUUCUUAAUAGGUUCAGUAAAGUUUUUGAAACAAUUGAUGUUUCUGUAGCAC